CUUAUUCCAGGGGACCAAACUGGGAAGAAAGCUAUAAGCGCCAACUCAGAGCUCUCCACCUUCAGAUCACACAUUCUGGAUCUUCGACAACAACUUCGUGAGAUCACAGAGAAGACCAGCAGGAACAAAGAUACGCUGGAGAAGUUGCAGGCGAGUGGGGAUGUACUGGUGGACAGGCAGAGUCAACUGAAAGAAACUCUGGAGAAUAACACUUUCCUCAUCACCACUGUGAACAAAACCCUGCAGGCGUACAAUGGCUACGUCACAAAUCUGCAACAAGAUACCAGCGUGCUGCAGGGCAAUCUGCAGAGCCAAAUGUAUUCUCACAACGUGGUCAUUAUGAACCUCAACAACCUGAACCUGACCCAGGUGCAGCAGAGGAACCUCAUCUCUAACCUGCAGCGGUCUGUGGAUGACACGAGCCAGGCCAUCCAGCGAAUCAAGAACGACUUCCAAAAUCUACAGCAGGUUUUCCUUCAAGCCAAGAAGGACACUGAUUGGCUGAAGGAGAAAGUGCAGAGCCUGCAGACGCUGGCUGCCAAUAACUCUGCCUUGGCCAAAGCCAACAACGACACCCUGGAGGAUAUGAACAGCCAGCUCAGCUCAUUCACAGGUCAGAUGGACAACAUCACCACGGCCUCACAAGCCAACGAGCAGAACCUGAAAGACCUGCAGGAUGUACACAGGGAUGCGGAGAACAGAAUGGCCAUCAAGUUCAGCCAGCUGGAAGAACGCUUCCAGCUCUUUGAGACGGAUAUUGUGAACAUCAUCAGCAACAUCAGUUACACAGCUCACCACCUUCAGACACUGACCAGCAAUCUGAAUGAAGUCAGGACCACUUGCACGGAUACGCUGACCAAACACACAGAUGAUCUGAUCUUGAAUAGCACACUGGCCAAUAUCCAUUUGGAUUCUGUUUCUCUCAGGACGCAACAAGAUAUGAUGAGGUUGACGUUAGACACUUGUCUGUGGACAGAGAGCUUUUGUAGCUUUCCAGAAGCCUGACUGUCUUAAACAUGAGGUCAAGAAUCAAAUUAUUCUUCAGAAUGAUUACCUAAUAAUA